ACACGCCGCGCUUUUCACGUGGGGAUGCUGAACGUGCAUACUGUAGUGUGUUCAUCUAGUAUAUAGUGUAAUAAUUACACAGUAUAUAUAUAUAGACAUAGAGUUAUGGACAUCAUACACUCUUGUUUUAAGGCUCAGAUAGGUGAGGUAGUUUUACCCGGAGAUGUUUUCCGGUUUGAUGUGUCCUCUGUAGAGGAAGACAGCAGCGUUAGAGCUGAGAAGAUCAUCUGCGGACCGGGACUGCGCCGAAACGGGGACGAGAUCCUGGUGUAUAAAAGCGGCAUCCUCCGCCAUAAACAGCCCAACCUGUACUGGACUGACUCCCAGCAGAAACGAUAUGUUCCAGUUAAAGGGGAGAGUGUGAUUGGCAUAGUGACAGCAAAGUCCGGGGACAUCUUUAAAGUGGAUGUGGGAGGUAGUGAGCAAGCCUCGCUGUCCUACUUAGCCUUUGAAGGGGCGACUAAAAGGAACAGACCCAAUGUACAGGUGGGGGAUCUGGUGUAUUCGCAGUUCAUCAUCGCAAACAAGGACAUGGAGCCAGAGCUGGUGUGUAUAGACAGUUGUGGCCGGGCGAACGGGAUGGGAGUGUUUGGAGCAGAUGGGUUUCUCUUCAAGGUGUCUUUGGGAUUAGUGCGCAGGCUCCUCGCACCUCAGAGCGAGAUAGUGAAGGAUCUUGAGAAGAUCUUCCCCUUUGAGAUGGUGGUGGGUUUAAAUGGCAGGGUGUGGGUAAAGGCUAAGACCGUGCAGCAGACUCUGAUCGUUGCUAAUCUUCUGGAGAGCUGUGAAAACAUGACGGCACAGCAGAGACAGGCUCUGUUCAAGAGAGUAGCAGAGGGUGCCCUCUAGUGCUCAAGCCGAGUGCUGGUUUCCAUGGUAAUCCCUCAUGGACACAUCAAAACAAGCAAAAUGUGGCUCACAGGAUGGCGCGUGACUUUUUUGUGCCCGGGAUUUGAACUUUUAGUUCAAUGUGUUAAUAAUUUUUAAAAAGUGCUGUAAGAGUUGUAUACUUAAGCGGAACUCUGGAUGGACUGCACAUCUGUAAUGUGGAUGAAUUGAGCAGCACUUUUGUGAUGCAGGUACAUUAGCUCACAGUCACUAUUUCUGUACUAACAUAUGUUUUUUUUUUUACUACUAUAUUGAUUAGUUUUUGUAUAAAUAAAAUGAAAAAAUUUUUGUGAGGUAUACAUAAAGGUAUACAUGAUUCCUGUUUCUUUGUGGUUGAAUGCUACAUGAGAUAAAAACGUUGAAGAUUCCUAACAGUUUGUAUGACUCACAUUGUAUGAAAAGGUGCAAAGGUUAAAGGCG